AAACGUGCAAUCAGCACGGAGGACCGCACGGAGAAGAUUCCGCAUGCACCCGGCGAAAGUCUCGAUGUUUGGCGCAGGGGCUGGGCUAUAAAUGCCCCUUUGUUGUGCCAUUUGAAGAGCACCCACAUUCAUUUUCCUUGCUUUUCUCUCUCAAAGGUCGACACUCUCCCCUUGAUCUUGUUGUUCUUGCCUUGUCCAUCAUGGCUGACGAGUCGUCACCUCCUCCAGGUGGCCACGAGGAGCGUGGCAUGACGCGUCAGUCCACUGGCGCGGGUCCCCUAUGGGUGGGCCCUAAGCUCUACGACGGUCGUGAUCUGCAACACGACCUAGAGCACCACGUGACUUCCCGCCUUCACGCGAGGAGAGAGACUACGGUUCGCGGCUAUGGCGCAGCGGCGAGUGAGACCGUUUUUAGCUUCCUGAGCUCGGACGCCCAGGCCUUGGUGAGGGCGAGCUCACUGUUUCCGGUGGUCGAGACCUUCUGGGAGAUACUGCGGCUUAACAUCUCCCUGUCCUUUAUGCGGUCGUUCAUGAGGUGGUGGUGGGAUACCACCAACACCUUUCAUUUUCCUUGGGGCGAGAUGACGAUCACUCCUGAGGACUACACGGCUUUGACGGGCUUGACCUUUAUAGGGAACCCCGUUCAUCUGAGGUCGGAUGGCCCAUCGCCGACUGUUGCUGAGGGUACCAGGCUCCUGGGCUCGUGGAUGGGUAGUAGAUUACCUUUGUACCAGCCCCGUGGGAUACCUUUCGCUGACCUGAUGUGGGCCUUAGAGCAUGGGGUAGAGGAGUCGCCUUCGAGACAGGCUCGGCUGUUCUACCUCCAUUUUAUGACUUCCACCUUUCUAUCGGGUCCGACUGACACCUUUGACUCGAGGUGGAUAGGCAUAGUGGAGGACGUGUCUACACUGGGUGACUAUCGCUGGGGCGAUUUGGGCUAUGCGACGCUCGUCGGCCAGAUGAGUUUGACGGUGCGCGACUCGGACCUGAGUAGACGUCACUUUGUGAUUACAUUAGCAGGAGUGCCGCGUUUGAUCGAGCUUUGGGCCUUUGAGCACUUACCUUGGCUGGCCCCCCGAAAGGGGCAGAGGCCUUUGGAGUACCCUGCCGGUCGUCGUUGGGGUUGGAAGAAGAAGCUGCCAGUGCGUCCACCGCCCGAUACCGUGUGGGAUCUCAUUCGGGACGGGAACCCUGAGCAUGUGAUUUGGACCCCAUGGCUCUCUUUUAGGGGUACUCAUGCUUCGGUCAGGGAUAGUUAUGCCCUGAGCCAGAUGCGGGUCUUGUUCGUUGGCCGCCGGGACCCGGUCUGGUACCUGGGAGAGCGGGUACGUAUGCAGACGGUCGGGGCUUUUUCGGUGCCUAGGCCUCCGCCAGCGACCAUGCUGUCUACUUGCUCGAUAGGCGAGUCAUGGAGGGUCCACUCGAGGACUGGCGUGCCGGCGGUGGAGUUGGUGAUAGAGGGAGCUAACUAUUACCAGUUUAUCCAGGAUUCUCUCCGUCUCCCAGAGCCUGGCGCUGAGUGUCCUGACCCUUCGUUGGGGGGAUGGGUGCUUCCCGAUGCUCGAAUCUCGUAUACCGGAGAGAGUGGAUCCGAGAUUGUGGAGACUUUCCCGGAAGACCGGGUUUUCCAUGCUCCGCUCCCUGAGGGAGUACAGACGGUUCCGGCCCGUACGGCCAACGCGAUGGUGGGGGUGAUCAACCGGUUGAAGUCCGCGUUGGUUCGAGCCCGAUCUGUACUUUCUUGCAGGAGCCCCCACUCUACUCGGACGGGUGCUGGACGUGCCGGGCCGACGACGCGGGUCCCUCGGGCGGGGGACACGGUCGUGAGAGAGAGAGGGCACGACACUCGCCCCUACGACAUCGCCGUUCUGACGCGGGGGUGAGUUCUUCCGGGGAGAGGUCCGAGCCGGAGCGUAGGCGACGUUCCGUGUCAGUGGCCCGAGAGCCUAGCCCCGAGUUGCAGUCACAGCCUCAUUUUUGGGGUGAUUCUGGCUGGGGGCCCUCAUACCACGGGGAGUGGAGUGGAUGGACCGGCGAGGCUUGGAGAUAUGGAGCCGAUGACGAGUCUUAGGCUUAUCUCCUGUUUUGUACAUAUUCAUUCUUGUAUUCCGCAUGUAUAUAUAUUUUUUGCGUUUUUUGGUGCAAGAAUGUUUUGAGCCUUCCGUGGGCUUUGUUUUAACAUAUUAUAGUAAUAUUAGCUUUCUAAACCAACGACGAAUUUUGAAAAGGGAAAGACUUUCGUAAAAAUAAUGAGUUCAUACAAGAGUGCACACAUAUUUUUAGACUAACCGACUACUUGGGGUAUUACAUAUGCAUGUUCACUAUUUUUUUGUUUUUUGCCGACUCGUGCC